GGGGUAACUGGAAUGUCCCCUUCCUGCUGAAGAGAAUGCGGAAGCAAGAAUAGGACCAAAUGGGAAAGGGCAUUUUCAUCUUUCUCUAGUCACAGACCCGGGUGAAAUCCAACAUAUCUACAGCAUUGUAACUGUGGUCCUGCUACAUUCCGCUCGCUGUUUACAAGCUAUCAAUAGUAGAUGCUAAUAGGUGGUGGAAAUGGAGCGCGGAGACGCAUCGUCCACUAACGCAGACUGGAUGUCUCAACUGCCAGAGGAACUGUGGGGUACACCGCUUUGGGACCUGGCGAUACCCGGGAGUCAUGACAGCAUGAGUUACUGCUUGGAUACACACUCUCCUGUCUUGGGUUCUGAGUCGUUCAUGCUGCAGUUUCUGGAUCGACUGGCACCCUGCAUUGUACGCCCCUGUGUCUACCGCUGGGCCACCACACAGGCGUGGUGUAUUCCUGAUCAGUUGGAUGCAGGAAUCCGGUUCUUCGAUCUACGGAUCGCCCAUAAAAACAUUAAAAAUACACAAGACUUUCUAAAAACACACAACACAGAUGACACGCUGUACUUCGCACACGCAAUUUAUACGCUACAGACUGUAAAGGAGACUCCCUAUCUGAGCCAGUGCUGGGAUCUGGGGCAGCAGGUCAUCAUUUCGUACGACGAUGAGACGAUUCUUCACCAACACAAGGAACUGUGGCCUAAGAUCCCUUACUGGUACGCUGACUCGGCAGACCCCAAAGAGGUCAUUUCUUACCUGGAGGAACAGCAGAAGGCCCAAGGAAGAGCAGCUCAUUUCUUCACCUCUGGGCUCAACCUGACGGAGGAUACUGCUGUGGUGGUCUGCAACCCCUGUCUGACGAUGAGGAAGUUAACGAUGAAGAGUUUCUCCCUGCUGCUGGACUGGGUGGAGAAGCAGACUCCUGGACCGAACCAGACCGCUGUCAACAUCAUCUGUGGAGACUUUGUGGGUCUGAACCACUUUGCCUCUGUGGUUAUCGGGCUCAAUAAGAAACUGCUGAAGACACAGAGCCACAGAUGACAGGGGACGGAGUGAGAAAGAGACCCACAGAUAAACAUGCACAGAAUCCCAAAUGGCUUCUAGCUCCUUCUCCCUCUGCAGUUGUGGAGAUCUGAGAGGUUUGGUUAGGUGUAAUCAACAUGGUACUCUGAUACACUAGAUCAGGUGUGUCAAACUCAUUCCAUGGAGGGCCUACUGUCUGUAGGUUUUUUGGUUUUUCCUUUCAUUUAGACCUAGUCAACCAGGUGAGGGGAGUUCCUUACUAAUUUGGGAGGAGCAAAAACCCACAGACACUCGGCCCUCCGUGGAAUGAUUUUGACACGUGCACUACUAGAUCAUAGGAAUGAGUUUGACACGUGCACUACUAGAUCAUAGGAAUGAGUUUGACACGUGCACUACUAGAUCAUAGGAAUGAGUUUGACACGUGCACUACUAGAUCAUAGGAAUGAGUUUGACACGUGCACUACUAGAUCAUAGGAAUGAGUUUGACACGUGCACUACUAGAUCAUAGGAAUGAGUUUGACACGUGCACUACUAGAUCAUAGGAAUGAGUUUGACACGUGCACUACUAGAUCAUAGGAAUGAGUUUGACACGUGCACUACUAGAUCAUAGGAAUGAGUUUGACACGUGCACUACUAGAUCAUAGGAAUGAGGUCCCAUGUUUCCCUAUGUCUACCUACAGCACAGGGUGUCAGGUUUACUGUGUUGUUAAUGAGUAUGAUGGAUACAAUGAGAGGUUUUUACAUUAUAAAGUGAUGCCACAGGAAAAGUUUCAUCA